AUGCCGUUCCCCGGCGGGCUCUGGUGGCUGCUGUGCUGCCGGCAGGGCUUCACGCUGCUGCGGCGGGACUACGGCGACGCGGACCGGGAGGCGGACGGCGAGGCCGAGGAGGAGGCGUCUUUCGAGCUCCGAGCGCAGGGAGACCAGGCAUCCCUGGAGGUGAGCCUGAGCCAGCCCACCCGCACCAGCAGCGGCUCGGAGCGGUCCCUGCUCGUGUCGGAGGAGAUGCGCAGUCUCAUCGUGGAGAAGGGACCGGGGCCAGUGGAGGAGGACCCCGAUGCUCUCGUGAAAGGCUGGCUGCAGCGGGAGGUGCGGGGCGGCGUCAAGACCCCCUGGAUCCGGCCUCGGAAGUACUGGUUCGUGCUGACGCCCGACUCCCUGGACUACUACAGCAGCAACGAGAAGGGAGCCAAGCGCCUGGGCUCCCUCGUGCUCACCAGCCUCUGCUCCGUGCUGUGGCCGGACAAGCAGACCUACAAGGAGACAGGCUACUGGAGCGUGACGGUGUUCGGCAGGAAGCAUUGCUACCGCCUGUACAGCGAGCACCUCAACGAGGCCGUGCGCUGGGUGUGCGCCGUGCAGAAGGUCAUCGACAGCAAGGCGCCUGUGCAGACGCCCACCCAGCUGCUCAUGCGCGACGUCGAGGAGCACUGCGGCAGCCCCGAGGUCCUGGAGCAGAUCUACCGCUGCAACCCCAUCCUGCGCUACACCAGCAGCCCGCUGUACGCCCCCCUGCUGCCCUUCCCCUACGGCAGCCUGGACCAAAGCGCCCCCGGUCCCCGCAGCUACACCACGCUGCGCGACGAGGCCGUGAAGCUCUUCAACUCGCUGCAGCAGCUGGAGUCGCAGCGGGACCCGGUGCCGCUGAUCCAGGGCAUCCUGCAGACCUGCCUGGACCUGCCGCCGCUGGUGGACGAGAUUUACUGCCAGCUGGUGAAGCAGACCACGGAGCCGCCGGCGCCGGGCGGGCCGGGCGACUUGCACUACUGGCAGCUGCUCACCUGCAUGAGCUGCACGUUCCUGCCCUCCCCGCCUGUCCUGCGCUUCCUGCGCUUCCACCUGGACAGGACGGAGAGCCGCUUCCCCGCCUCGGAGAUGGCCAAGUACGCCUGCUUCAUCCGGGAGGCGCUGGGGAAGACGAGGGGCCGGGAGUGCGUGCCGUCCCUGGAGGAGAUCCUGGUGCUGAUGCGGCGGCAGGAGAUGGUCUGCACCGUGCACUGCCCCGGCGCCGCCGCCUGCAGCGUGGCCAUCAGCUCCCACACCACGGCCGAGGAGGUGGCCCGGGAGCUGGUGUCGCGCCUGGGGCUGUCCCAGAGCCCCAACCUCUUUGCGCUCUACGAGCAGUCCCGGCUCCGGGAGCAGCCCGUGGGCAGCUCCACGCUGCUGGCCGACGUCCUCACCAGGUUUGAAAACCUGGCCGGGGAGGAGCGGGAGCAGGACGCGCCGUGCCGGCUCUGCUUCAAGCACUACGGCUUCCUGGACACGGACAACGUCCCGCGGGACAGCCUGGAGUUUGCCCUCCUCUUUGAGCAGGCUCACGAGAUGGUGCUGCGGGGCUACGUGCCCACGUCGGAGGAGACGCUGCAGACGCUGGCGGCGCUGCGCCUGCAGAGCCUCAACAGCGACUUCUCCACCCACGCCCCCUUCCCGCGCCUGGAGGAGCUCUUCCCCCCCCACGUCCUGCACGCCCGCCUGCCGGCCCCCCGCCCCGACCCCCCGCCCAAGUGCCGCGGGGCCCGGCUGCGCGCGGGGCUGCUGGCCGGGGGGCUCUGGGGGCACUCGCUGGCCAAGCAGCGGGCCGAGCGGGAUCAGCGCCUGCGGGGCCGCCUGCGGGAGGAGGGGGCCAGCACCAUGGCUGCCAUCGUGGAGAAGUGGAAGCUGCUGCAGGGCAUGGGCCGGCCCGAAGCCAUGGCCGCCUACGUGGCGCUGGUGCGGGAAUGGCCCGGCUUCGGCUCCACGCUCUUCGACGUCGACCUGCGCGCGAGCCCGGUGGGAGCCGGACCCCAGCGGCUGUGGCUGGGCAUCGGGGCCAAGGCUGUGUCGCUGUACAAGCCGGGGGAGCCCGAGCCCUUGGACAGCUUCUGCUACGGCCGCAUCUCCUCCUUCGGGGCCUCCGACAGCAGCACGUUCCGGCUCUCCGUGGAAGACCGGGACCUGCUCUUUGAGACCUCCCAGGUGGACGAGAUCGCCCAGCUCCUCACCACGUACCUCGCCUCCACGGCUGCCCGCCGGCCGCCCCGGCCCCAGGAGCCGGCCCCUGGCCCCCUCGAUCCAGACCCCGCCGCGCUGCCCCGGGGGCUCUGCCCCGUGGCCGGGCCCUGGCAGCGCCCGCCACCCACCGGCUCCUUCGGCAGCUAG